AUGGGUACAGUACUGUCGCUCUCGCCCAGCUACCGCAAGGCUGCUCUUUUUGAGGAUGGUCCGGCCACAGUGGGUCAUUACACAGCUGUUCAAAACAGCAAGAAUGCCAAGGACACGGCAGCAGCAUCCAAGUCCCUCAAACGGCCGUCUAUUAUUAGCGCUUUGCCAUGGAAACGCAUCGUGGCUGUGUCAGCUAAGAGGAAAGGUUCCAAAAAGCUCCAGUCUGAAGGAGGGGAUGGUGGGAAAGGAAGCCCUCUAGAAGGCAAUGCAACCACCACGACCAGCUCAGCCUCCAACAGCUUAAAGCUGAAGAAGUCUCAGUCCUGUGCUAACCUCUCGUCUUACUCGUCAGUCCAGGAUCCCUCAGCUGCCACCACUACCUCCUCCCUCCUGCCCACCUCCAAGACCUUGGCAAAUGUAGCUACUGUUAUUGCUAAAAAGAAUUCCCUCACAGGUCCUGGACUCCAGGCUUCCACUGCUGUUGGUACGCCAAAACGUGUCAUCGUCCAGGCGUCCACCAGUGAACUGAUGCGUAGCCUGGGGGAGUUCCUGUGUCGUCGGUGUUACAGACUCAAGCGUCUUUCCCCAACAGAUCCGGUGCUGUGGCUGCGCAGUGUGGACCGCUCCCUGCUCCUGCAGGGCUGGCAGGAUCAGGGCUUCAUCACGCCAGCCAACGUGGUCUUCCUCUACAUGCUGUGCCGGGACGUGGUCUCUGCUGAGGUGGCCUCGGAGCGCGAGCUGCAGGCCUCGCUGCUCACCUGCCUUUACCUGUCCUACUCCUACAUGGGCAAUGAGAUCUCGUAUCCGCUCAAGCCCUUCUUGGUGGAGGCAGAGAAGGAAGCCUUCUGGGAUCGUUGCCUGGAGAUCAUCAACCGGAUGAGUAGCAAGAUGCUCCAGAUCAACACCGACCCACACUUUUUUACCCAGGUGUUUGCUGACCUGAAGAACGAGAGCAAGAAAGAGGAAGAGAAGACUAAACUUCUCAUAGGCCUCGACCGAUAAGAGGGAGCUGGGAGGGAUCGAAGGAUGAGAAGCUAGGAAAACUAACGUGAAGUGCAAAACUAUUCUGGUGUCUGGUGUCUCUGCUGGUUCCACAUUUCCUGUUUUUAGUCCAGAGGGA